CUUCCCCUUCUAUGACAGUGUUAUGUCGUCACCCCCUGUAUUUCACCGGUUACAACUGCCUUCGGAAACAGACCGACUUCAACCCCCAGACAUGCUACAUUUCCCCGGCAAACCCGCCUGAGAGCCAGAAACCCACGUGCCAAAAUGGCGGCAACAACUUCUGGUACAUCCACGUGGGUGGUAAGCGCACAGACUGGGUUCAGGGAACGGACGCCAUGUGUUUGUCUAUCUCGUCUUUCCCUGCACCAUGGGGUACGAGAGAGUGCCAGUUCAGCUGGACCGAAGAAGGAUGCAAGCAGCUGUUGCACUGGGCAGGCUGCAUCCCAUGGACAAGUCCCACGUGCUUCGACUGCAACAGUGCCUGGGACGUGUGUGACCGGCGGGGUGUGACUGACCCCUCUCUUGUCGCCAAGACUCGCUGUCCCGGCACCGGCGCCUGCUUCACGAGGAGGGACAAAAACGGAAUGGUAUACAGAGGCUGUGCCGAUGGCUGGGACUAUCUUGCUGACGUCACAACAGCAAUGGGCCCCGGAGAUGCCACCUGCCUUAAUGGCGGCGGCUACGGCAGCUUCGUAGAUCGCUGGUGUCUCUGUAAGGGGGAACUCUGUAACGGCGGUGCAAUGCCUGCUGCAUGAUAGAUAGAAUGCUCCUCUAUUCCUUACUGGUGUCCUUAAUUUUGACUUGAUUGUUUUGUUUAUAUGUGAAAUAUUUUAUAGACAAUCCACUGACGGAUUUAGUGGCGGUCCUGACCCCCCCUUCAAUUUCUGGGGAAAAAACAUCAA